AUGGAACGUGGUCGCAGUACCGAUUUGAAGAUUUUCUCGGCAAAGUAAGUCAUCAAACCUUGUGAAAAUCGACAUUUGAUAUAUUUAGAAACCUUUUUUGUGGAUAUUGGAUUAGUCAGCCCAUUUAAGAACCAUUUUUUUGUUUUCUCAUCCAAAAAGAUUAACAGUGAUAUCCGAUACCACUUUCCCUUUGUUUACCCUGCUAAUUGAUACUCAUUAUCAUUAAUCUUUUUGUUUUUAGACAGGAAAGUGAAAAGCCAGAGACCUUACCCAAGCCUAAAGUUCAAUCGAAAUCCAGGGAUAGAUCGCCAACAAAGUUAUUGAAACGACUUCUGAAGCCAUUAUCACCAGAAAGAAAAGCAGAAAAGGCAAAUAAAGAUGACAAAUCAAAAGAAAAAUCGCCACAAAAGGAAACAAAAGAGCAGUAAGUGGCUACUGAAAAAGUUUUUGAUUUUUUUUUGAUAGUUUGAUGUUAUAUAGUACUUUCUUUGCUCGCUUUUUACGAAACAUCUCGCCUUUUUUUCUCCGGUUUUAUGACUAUUUGAUUAUCCUUCUUCUCUGAGGAGUCUUGAGUAAUUAAAACGAGCUUCGGGUUAACAAUAAACACAUUCCGAGUGCGUUUAUAAGUAGAGCAGCGCGGCUCUUUACAAGUAAGUUUUUUUGUAUUCCCAUAAAUCGGCUUAGCGCCUCUGUAAAGUCGUAUACGCAAUAAAAUUUUGUGAAUGAAAAGAGUUUGGGCUGGGAGAAGUGGGAUUUUUGGGAAAAAUUAUUUUUACGCUCAUUACGGCGCAACUCAAAGGACGUUUAUGUUGCUUUAGCUGUCGAGAUCUGUUAUCUUCGUCAUUAUUUUGCUUACUUUACCUUCCGGUGCCAUCUAUUGUCACCUUUUUUGUCAUCCUUUGUCAAUCCAAUCCGUCUUGACAAAGCUCACACCGUCCAUAGAAUCUCCCUUUUUUCACCAAAUUUAUUGAACCCUCAGGCUAUAGUGUCUCACAAGUCCGGGCCCUUUGUGCGUCCCUCUCUUGGCCUUAUCAAAUAUCAUUUAUUUGAUUAAGCCGUCGCUUUGAUUGAGUCCAGAUGUUGUGCGGUCAUUCCGAACAUGAUCUCUCUUCUCGGAAAUAAAAGUUUCGCACCUGCGAAGACAUGCCCGAGGUCUGGGCGGUGGUCGCGAACUUGGUGGGCCUUGUCUUCACGACUCUACUCGGUCUGCUUUCUUUUUUGGUUAUGUGAGUCUUACUUUGAAUGGGCUCUUGUGGACGUUGAAUGGAGAUGACUGUUUCAGGCCCAUUCUUGUCGAGGAUACUGUUCAAGAGGCCAAGUCAGAGAAGGAGUCCCACAAAAGUGACAGCGAAACGAACUGCUCGCAGGACUUGGUGAUCAAGAAAGGGGCUUUGCUGGAGAGGAUUUCUGUCACAGUUAUGGAAAGGUAAGUUUUCAUCGGAAAUGGGUUCAUUUGAAUUUUUACGAAUCCUUUCCGAAUCCGGGUGCAGAUCUCAAAAAAUGAAAAUAUUUUUGUUUAUCCUCCGCCGUUCGCAUAGAUAGAUGUCACUAUUUUCUGCGCAUCUUUCCUUGCCUUCGAUCGGGUUUGAAUUCGAUAUUUAACGAGUUUGUUUCCGGUCAUUGGAGAUGUUUUGUCGCGUUUAAGGGUUUCCAGUUUUAUCGCAUCACCUGGCUACAGCAGCCUUUUCUUUUCUUCAAGACUUCUUUAGCGAUUCAGAAGCCGGCAGAGAGCCUAAGGCGAAUUAAGCAUGGAACGGGAUUGAUUGCGUUGCAACCACUUCAAAAUUAAACUCUUUUUGUAUUCGGAAAGAAAUGAAUUGACGGCAUUUUUGGAGUCGCCCUCUCCCUGUUCUCAGCUAUUUGCGCUUCAGCUCAGCGACGUUUCACUUAUCAAAGAAAUUGCGGGGAAGCCUGCAAGUGGAACGAUCUCGGAGACAUCUUCUCCUUUAGGGAGUCUUUUGAAUAACAGACUCGGUUAAUUGAAGUCUCGACCUUAUAUUAUAUUAGACACAUUAGUCGUUAAAGCUGCUGCUAAUUAGUGUGUAAUGGAACGAAGACCGAUUGGGGCAUCAAGAACCUCACUUCAUAGAUAUCGGAGUCUACUGUAGGUUGAUUUUUUCCGAACAGAUACCAAAUUAGUCUUUAGUCAUCGUUAUGCAACUAUGACAACAUUAUGGCCCAUAAACAAACAUUUGUAAUUAAUUUAUGUGUCUUUAGCGAUGUCGAUCGGAGUCCGGCAUUGAAGGCAAACGAGUUUUUGUUCGUGGGCAAUCGUCCGUUGAUGAAGACUCACGCAACUUUCACGUUAGAUCGACCAAGAAAACUCGCCCUCACAACGGUCAAGGUAAUUCGAUCUAUUUCUAUUGCCUAUCCGGGUUAAAUGUCCAGUUUGUUUUCUUUGACUUGUUGGGGGUAAGAGGUUACAUAUUGAGUAUAUUUGUUCUACCAUCAAAUUUAAUUUCAGCCCAAAAGCCCGGGCCUAGUCCUGGCUUCGUUGAGUUGCGAUCGGUUGAGUGAGGCGAGCUCCUCAGUGGAAUCGUUCCGGUCAGAGCCUUCAAAAAGCGUUGAGAACAAGGUCAGCGACGAGUCGGAAGAGGAGGACCGGACACCCACCCCCAGGGCUUCCUCUGGACUUCCCAAAUUCCCAGCUCCAGAAUUGGAGGAAAAGAAAAUGGAGGAUAAAGAAGACGAGAUGGUGCAAUCAGUCAAUGGAAAGACCAAGAAAAUGGCUGAGAAAUUGAGUCGCUCCUUCUUCGAUUUGACCAUGGGAUCUCAGGACAGAUUGGCCAAGUGGAAAAGCAAACUGAAAGAGUAUGGAAACCAACGGAAUAAGGUGCUGAUGUAAGUAAAAUGGGGCUUGUUUUUAUGGCAAUCCACUUAAUGUUGAUUGAAAUUACUCCAAAGUAAUCGGACUUUCGUAAAAUCCCUGACAUCCCAUUCCAUCCAUCUAGCCGGCCAGUGGUACAUAAUGAUCUCGAGCACCCGAUCUUGAUCUGGCUAUCCAUCGCGCUGUCUUCUUCCCUCCCCGGCGCCUUUAUUUUCGCAUAAUGGCCACUCGCCGAGGUUUUCUUUAGAGCAAACAGUCGCCCCCCCCCUUUCCUUCUGAUCGGCUCUUUAUUUCCUUACAAUAGCUCUCCAAAGAUGACCAAAAAAUGGUGGAAAUGGAUGUAAGUUGUUGCUGGCGUCAGGUUACGUUCAUUUUUUGUAAUCGGAUCUGCUAAACGAAUGGAUGUCUCAAGGCUAUUAGUUCAAAAAAGAGUAAUACAAAGCGAACGGAUGCUUGACGCUUCAGUCAUUUGCAAGUUUUGCACCUUGAAGGGAUCAUGGAUUAGACAGGGGCUCAUUGCGUAAUCUGCACUGGCUAAUUAAGCAUUCCCAACUAAGUGGUUGGAAAGUGACUAAGCCGUUUUUUAUGCCUUCUUCUUAUGUUGUCUUUGCAGAAAAGGCGCUUCCAUGGAUUCGGAUCACAAACAUGACGUCAACACUAUGCCAAUCCAAUCCCGGCGACCAAUUCAGUCCAGUCUGGCACCGCCUCGACCUCUUCAUUCUUCCCAGUCCGCCCAGAAUGCUCUGAUGGCUGGCGCCAGCAAUACGCUUCCUCAUCUUCAUAAAAGGUCAGUUUUUAAGGAAGAUGGGAAUUAGGGGUUUAAUGGAGGGAUGGGGAACAUAAACCAAGAACUAUUUAUUUGGGAAAUGUUUGUAUUGCCAAGUCCGUGGCCUUUAAUGGCCGCCAGAUCGGGGGAUGAGCUGAACGCCUUAAGAAGACGGCCAUCUGGUCGGGCAGGGAGCGGGCAAAACGAGGAGACUCCAUACAUAGAUAAAAGGCGACAAACUUGCGCGUCCGAUCUUUUGACACGCCAUUAAAUGGGCCAGGCCACAUCUGUCUCGAUCUGACGAUGAAGGGGCGAGAAUUCGAUCCAGGGAUUGUUUUGUUAGGUAAUUGGAGUAGUCCUCCAUUUCCUGCCUCCCUAUGCAGAUUUGCAUGGGGAAGGGGGAGAGUGCGUGACCUUGCUCGAUCUGGUCGUAAAAUAAGUUUUUGCAGGCCAUCCAUAAAAUAAAUACAUCGCUCAGAGAGUAUUUAUGGUAUGGGAGGCAUGAUUAAGGAUCCGAGGGUUGCUUUACAGGCCUUUCCGGAGUUUAAAAGGGUUUUAAUUCUAUUUCAAAUAACUUUUCUGUUUUCUUUUACAAAAAUGAUGACUUUAGGGUAUAAAGCUAAUAUUAUUUGUAGAUAUUUUUUCUGACCGUAUUCACUUAUUGUUAGCUUCCUGACACCUCUUCGCAUUGUUUGUUUGAUUCUUUUUUAUAAAAUCAUCUUCUCUCUUGUAUCCCAAUCUCCGGAAAGCGAUACGAAAAGAGCCCGAUCCUGUAUAAUAAACUUAUCACCAUGUCUUUCUUAUCAUCUCUUCGACCUUGCUUUGCCGAUCGGGGGAACUUUUACCUCUCCGAAAAGGGGUAGAGCAGGGAAAAGGGAUGAGUAACCUCUUGACAGUGCCAUUAGCGGCGGUAUUCCUUUGCGUCUCUUUUUAGCCUCCAACUUUCGAAUCGAUCCCUUUUUUCGAUUUGAGGAUUUAUUUUUAUGGAUUUAACAUAUCAGCGUCCUCUCUUUUGGAGGGUGUGGUUACAAAGGUUGUGCUUGGGGUGUGAGUGUCAUAAAUACGUGAACAAACAUGUCAAAGUUUAGCCUACCUUUGCUUCAUUUCUUUUCGGUUCAGCAGUAUUAAACCUAUUAAAUUGGGGCUCUUCAAACUUUUCGUGUAUUAUAUUUGAUCUCUGCAAACGAUUUGGAAGUGGCGAGGCGGUUUAAUAUUUACAAGUUCCGAAUCACCGAAAGGGAAACCUUUACAGAAAAUACUCGCCGUCUUUAAGGAGUAGCGCUGAUCUCCGGAGGCGACCUUAAGACGGCGCUGUUCAGAGAUUCUAAUCUCCGAAUAACAGGAAAUGCCCCUCCGAUGGGUCUCCAAGUUGUCAUUGGAGGAGAGGCUCGGCUUUGUUUAUUUGGCUAGCGAUCCGACCGGAGCUAAUCUCUCCAUUUUCGGCUCCUUUCCGGGGGUUUCUUAAUCGAAUAAAAUUCUGGAAAGGACAUGUUCUGGAGAACUUUCCCCUAUCCCACAGCGACCGGCUCUCCCCGAUCCCCCGAAGACUACUUUUCGAGUUCUCCGUCAUACAUUUGACAUUACUUUUGGAGGCUUCUAUGACAUUAUUUAACCCGCAAAAUGACAUUUGCACCCGUUUUACGAUUGCUGAAGUCAUUUUGUUUUGAUUGUUGGAUCUUAUUUUAGUUUUUCAAACAGCUUGUUUUCAGCGCUUCCGUUAGAGAGGACGACAUCCACAUGGAGCAUCGGACUUUGAAGCCGAUCGGACGCCUCACUCCGGACCAUCUUCACGAUCAACACAUGCUCAGUCUCCACGAAUUAGUCCAGUCCAUUGAGGGAUUCAAUGAGACCGAGAGGAAGCCGCGUCGUCCAUUGGGAAUGUCCAUGUCGAUUGCUAACGAAUCCAGUGAGAGAUUACCUCCACCGGCAAGGAUCCUUCCGUGGUCCGGGAUCAAACCUCAGGUAAGAAGGGUACUUUCAUCUCCCGUGUCACCGAGUAUUGGCCAUUCCAUUGCGACACCGGGGUCAGGUGUUUUUAUCCUUCGGCUGAACUCAGUGUCAGUCCGAGCAAGCGGCCGAAAGGUCAUUUGUCUUGUCAGCGGCCCAUAAAUUGUGGCGCAAUGGACUGGUUAGAUACGUUUUGUCGGGUAAUUCGGCCAUUUUAAAUAUUUAAAUUCGAUUCCAGGACAAUGGAAUUGUUCGGCCGAUCGCUUUUCGGCCGCUCCAAUCGAAUGUGCUGAAGCAGAAUCGGAAUUCGAAUAGUCCGGAUGUAAAGUCGGCAUUCAAUCUGCAGAACAAACAGAGUUUAAAGUGAGUCAUUGUAAUUUAGUUUACUGUGGUAUUCAGUUUCAAUUUACUCUUGUUUUUUUUUGCAGAGACCAUUCCCGAAGUAUUGGCAAUCUUUCAUCGACCAUCCCCAGUCGGCCCCAGCCCUAUCAGCCCUCCACCAGGUAUAUAUUUUAUUGUCUCCUCCUCCUCUUUUUCGUCCAAUUUCUCAAAAUUCGGAAUAUCCGUCAAAAGAAAUAUAACAUAAAUCAUAAAAAUGAUGGUCAUUCUCCCAUUGUUCUGACCACAUUCCCUUGUCAUUUUCAUGAAACCAACUGCCUGAUUUCAGCGGCCAGCUGUUCAGUGGCAAGUCCAUUGGUUCGCUGCCUCAGGCAACCCACGAUGAGAAUGAUUACGACACCGUGUCCGACUACAUAGAUCGAAAACGUUCAGGUGAGUCAUUCCCGGCCUUCCAUUGGCCAUGAGACGGGCCUUUUCCCCGUUUCGGAGCCGGAAACCGAGAAGAAAUGGUCCGAAUAAUAAACCCCCACUUCUCGCCAAAGGUCUGGUCUCAUUAAGAUGACUAAUUAAUACCAGGGAUGAUUAAUUAGAACUGAAAUUAAUUGUUUUAGAUGAAGGCCCCAAUUACUCCGCUCUGUAUCAUAAUCAUCAUCAUGGACCCCGAUCUCAAAGUCAUGCGGGGCGGCGGGCACAAACGACCUCUUUCUUUUGUAAUCCCCAACAUCCAACGGGAUCUACAUCAUCUCAGUUUACGGUCAGUUCGGCAUCUUCCAGUUCGUCGACGAAUUCACCGUCUCAGACGGCUCUGAAGAAGUCCGUGUCGGAGAAUCCGACCAGGAAUGGAGUCCAUGUCACUCCAUCGCCAAGUGAUUCAGGGAUUGUGGACUACGAGGUAACCUCAAUACAAUUUAUUUACAUAACGAUGGUCACGGAAGCUCUCGGCGUUUAUUUUUGUUGUUGGGUCGAAUGUCAGUGUAAAAAAUGGCGGCACUGGAUUUUAAAAAUUCCAUUGCCAAAACAGCUUGAAAAUUUGGGAAUCCCACUUCAGGUUUUGGGAAAUCUCUGCAGGAAAGUGUUCACUGAUUUUUCAAAAUCACUGCCGACUCAUUCUUGCACCGAAAUUCGCCCCAGAAACGAAACUAAAAGCCGAGAACUUCUGUGCCCAUCUUUGCAAAAAUUGUGUGCAAACUUUUUUCUCUUUCUCCUUUUCUUAGCAAUUCAACAAAAAUUCUAAAUUUCAGACCUUAAUCCGAGACAAGGAGAACGAAUUGACUUCAGUUCGCCAAGCUAUGGAGCAGAACGAAGAGGUUUUGAUUCGUGUAUAUCAGGAUAAAGAACGACAAUAUAAGGAACAGAUCGGUGAACUAGGCCAGAAACUUCAUUUAGCUCAACAAAAUGAGAAGAUCUUACGUCAACAGCUCCGACAAUCAGAGGAAAGACGUCAGAUUAUGCAAGAUUCUGUUCAGAAAUUGAAUGAUGAAAAGAUGAUAAUGCAGCGUCGUUGUGGCCAAAUUGAGAGGGAAUUACAACAAUUGAAGACAAGACUAGAUACUCAUUGUGCAUGCGAUAACUGCUCGAGAAAACCGAAUAAUCAGAAACCAGUCCCCGCCCCCAGAUCACUCAAUAAUUCUGGAGAUUCUGAGCUUAGGAAUGAAGUCGAUGACCUUAAAGGGGAAGUGAAUACCCUCAAGGCCCAAUUAAAUCAACAGAUCCAAUUCUUCACGGAGGAGAGAAAACGAUGGGAAACCGAUCGAAAUGUAAGUGGAUUACCGUGUAAGGAGUUGCUGUUUAGGGGAACAAAACAACGCAUUUCCCAUCGGCCCGGAAACCCUUGGUCUCUACGGAUCGCCUUAUCUAA